GGUUUGGGCGCGGGGAGCAUAAAGGCGCCGGACGCCGGGCGCGGACUCGGUUUUCUGCUCGCUGCGUUUAGCGUUUCGGCCACGUGCAGUUCCAGCUCCCGCGCCGCAGCGCAGCAUCUCCCGGCGCCUGCGUUGAAAGGGUGUCUGCUGCGAGCAUGCCGGUGGUCAGGAUGCUGCGGGAGGUUGCCGGCCGGAUGCUGCAGGGCCCGGCCUGUGGCUGCCGGACGCCCGCCCUGCCCUGCCGGUUUCUGGGCACCUCCCCUCGGCAGAUUCCAGCGGAUGCCAACUUCCACUCCACCUCGUUCUCUGAAGCAGACCCGCCACGUGUCUUAAUUACAGGGGGUCUUGGCCAGCUUGGAGUGGGGCUUGCUAGCUUUUUGAGGAAGCGAUUUGGGAAGGACAACGUGAUUCUGUCCGACAUUCGGAAGCCGCCCGAGCACGUCUUCCUUAGCGGCCCGUUUAUUUAUUCCGACAUCCUGGAUUACAAGAACCUUCGGGAGACCGUGGUGAACAACCGCGUCACUUGGCUGUUUCACUACAGUGCUCUGCUCAGCGCAGUGGGGGAAGCAAACGUGUCCCUGGCAAGAGCCGUGAACAUCACUGGGCUGCACAAUGUUCUGGAUGUUGCGGCGGAACACGGCCUGCGGUUGUUUGUGCCAAGCACCAUUGGGGCUUUCGGACCGACUUCUCCGCGGAACCCAGCCCCCGAUCUCUGUAUUCAGAGACCCAGGACUAUCUACGGGGUGUCCAAGGUCCACGCGGAGCUCAUGGGGGAGUAUUAUUACUACCGGUAUGGGUUAGAUUUCCGCUGCCUGAGAUACCCUGGGAUCAUUUCUGCUGACUCUCAGCCUGGAGGAGGAACAACUGACUAUGCGGUGCAGAUUUUCCACAGCGCUGUCAAGAACGGCAGGUUUGAGUGCAACCUGGAACCCGGCACGCGGCUCCCGAUGAUGUACAUUGAUGACUGUCUCCGGGCCACCCUGGAGGUCAUGGAGGCCCCGGCCGAGUCCCUCUCCAUGCGGACCUACAACAUCAAUGCCAUGAGCUUCACCCCCGCGGAGCUGGCCCAGGAGGUCCUCAAGCACAUCCCGGAAUUCCAGAUCACGUACAACGUGGACUCUGUCCGCCAGGCCAUAGCGGAUAGUUGGCCGAUGAACUUUGAUGACAGCAACGCUCGGAAGGACUGGGGGUGGAAACACGAUUUUGACCUCCCGGAGCUGGUGACGACCAUGUUGAAUUUCCAUGGUUCCGAGAGCAGAAUUGCACAAGCCAACUGAAGGGGCCGGAGGAAAAGCUCGUGAGUCCCGGGGCGGCAGGGGGUAAACCAGAACAACCCCAAGUCUCCAGACCCCAAGGAAUCCAGACAAUCUGGAAUUGAAGGACUAAUGGGACUAAAUUUUUGCAGCUCAUAUUGAACUACCAGGUGGAAGACUGUGUUGGCUUUAGCGUUUUCUCAGUGCUGGAGGUUUGGUGGUAGGACUUCUGAAUCUUUGCUGUUUGCCUAAACUUGUCCAAACACACACACCACAGAAUGAAGGCUUAAGUCAUAAUAGUUUCCAUUUCCGUAAUUAAGAUGAAGCCACCAUUUCUGGGAAGGUGGAAGUAUGUGACGUUUGUAUUAAAUUAAAGUUACUUUAAAUAUCA